GGUGUCAGCUUGCAGCCGGGGCUCCUCCCUCCGGCCCCCCUGCCCAGCCCGGCGGUCCCUCCCUCCCUCCCCGCUCGCCCCUCCCCGGCGGGCCAGGGGCUGGGACGCCCCGGUGGAGCAGGCGGCGGCGGCGGCGGCGAGUUGGGGAGCCCUAGGCUCGGCGCUGCCGGAGGGGCCCGAGCCGAGCCGCCUGUGCCCCGGCCGGGCCGCGCCAGGCCCGCUUCCCGCGGGGCCACGCCCUGUCAAACUUUGUUGCGGCGGCGAGCGCAGCGGGCCAGCGAGCGGGCGGGAGGGGCGCCGGGCCGGGCCGGGCAGGGCGCGGGCGGCUAGGGGCUCCGAGAGCUGCGGCCCCGGCCCGCGGCCCCACCAUGCCCCAGCUCGGCGGCGGGGGCGGCGGGGGCGGCGGCGGCGGCAGCGGGGGAGGCAGUGGCUCCAGCGCCGGGGCGGCAGGCGGAGGGGACGACCUCGGGGCGAACGACGAGCUGAUCCCCUUCCAGGAUGAGGGGGGCGAGGAGCAGGAGCCGAGCAGCGACAGCGCCUCGGCGCAGCGGGACCUAGACGAGGUCAAGUCGUCCCUGGUCAACGAGUCGGAGAACCAGAGCAGCAGCUCCGACUCGGAGGCUGAGAGGCGCCCGCAGCCCGCCCGGGACACUUUCCAGAAGCCGCGGGACUAUUUCGCCGAAGUGAGAAGGCCCCAGGACAGCGCGUUCUUUAAAGGACCCCCAUACCCUGGGUACCCCUUCCUGAUGAUCCCGGACCUGAGCAGCCCGUACCUCUCCAACGGACCCCUGUCUCCCGGAGGAGCGCGCACCUACCUGCAGAUGAAGUGGCCCCUCCUCGAUGUCCCCUCCAGCGCCACAGUCAAGGACACGAGGUCACCAUCUCCAGCACACUUGUCUAAUAAAGUUCCUGUCGUUCAGCACCCGCAUCACAUGCAUCCGCUGACUCCCCUCAUCACCUACAGCAAUGACCACUUCUCCCCCGGCUCCCCUCCCACCCACCUCUCCCCAGAUAUUGAUCCAAAGACAGCAGGAAUCCCCCGGCCCCCUCACCCAUCCGAGCUGUCACCGUAUUACCCACUCUCUCCCGGAGCUGUCGGACAAAUCCCCCACCCCCUCGGCUGGCUCGUCCCACAGCAAGGCCAGCCCAUGUACUCCCUUCCUCCUGGUGGCUUCCGGCACCCUUACCCCGCCCUCGCCAUGAACGCCUCGAUGUCCAGCCUGGUCUCCAGUCGGUUCUCUCCUCACAUGGUGGCUCCUGCCCACCCUGGCCUGCCCACCUCAGGGAUCCCCCACCCUGCCAUCGUCUCCCCCAUUGUCAAGCAGGAACCGGCACCCCCCAGCCUGAGCCCUGCAGUGAGCGCGAAAUCACCAGUCACCGUGAAAAAGGAGGAAGAAAAGAAGCCCCACGUGAAGAAGCCUCUGAAUGCCUUCAUGUUGUAUAUGAAGGAGAUGAGAGCCAAGGUGGUGGCUGAGUGCACCCUGAAGGAAAGUGCAGCCAUUAACCAGAUCCUGGGAAGAAAGUGGCACAACCUGUCUCGAGAAGAACAGGCCAAGUACUACGAGCUGGCCCGGAAGGAGCGGCAGCUUCACUCGCAGCUCUACCCGACCUGGUCAGCGCGGGACAACUACGGUAAGAAAAAGAAGAGGAAGAGAGAAAAGCAGCUGUCCCAGACACAGUCACAGCAGCAAGUCCAGGAGGCAGAGGGUGCUCUGGCCUCCAAGAGCAAGAAGCCAUGUGUUCAGUACCUGCCCCCCGAGAAGCCCUGUGACAGCCCUGCCUCCUCCCACGGGAGCAUGCUGGACUCCCCAGCCACCCCCUCUGCAGCGCUGGCCUCACCAGCUGCCCCGGCUGCCACCCAUUCGGAGCAAGCCCAGCCCCUCUCCCUCACCACUAAACCAGAAACCCGGGCCCAGCUGGCUCUCCACUCUGCUGCCUUCUUGUCAGCUAAGGCUGCAGCCUCCUCCUCUGGCCAGAUGGGCAGCCAGCCUCCCCUCCUGUCCCGGCCCCUCCCCCUUGGGUCCAUGCCCACAGCUCUGCUGGCCUCUCCCCCGUCCUUUCCCACCACACUCCAUGCCCACCAGGCCCUCCCGGUGCUACAGGCCCAGCCUCUUUCCCUGGUCACCAAGUCUGCCCACUAAGCUGCCCCCUGACCCCUGCAGGCUGUCACAUGACUCAUUGAGUAGUAAUGAUUCAGAAGAAAAAGAAAAAGGAGACUUUAUUGGUCAAUAUUUGACCACUCUGGACUGUUCUGUAAAGUGGCUGGUAACAACAGCACUUUACAGUUUGUAGAUGUAACCAGUAGCUGAUCUUAAGGCUUUUUUAAAAAACAAAACAAAACAACAAAAAAAAACUUUAUAAGAAAAAGAACUGAAAAGUAGCGUGCUGUUCGUGCCGUAGGUGCUGUGGUGGAUGGACCUGGGCAGAGGGUGCCUCUCUCUCUCUCUCCCUCUCUCGCACUUUCUGUCUCCUGUCUCUUCUCGCCCCCGCCGCCUGCCCCAGCUUCCCCUACUUGAUCUGCAGCUCUGCCAUUGUGACAUUUCCUGUUACCCAGUCCAAGUUUUCAUCGUCUGCUCAAUACCGUGGGUUCUUCUUCGUCCUCUGUCCUCUGCCCAGUGUGAGGCCAUCACCAUGUGAGAAGACAUCUUGGCCUGAUUUGCUGCCACCAGCAUCCCCUCCCUCAGUGGGCCCGAACUCGCCAACCCCAGCUUUCAGUGGAGCAAGCGGGUCCUCUGAAAUGGUUUCCCCCCAACCCCCCCAUUUAAAGGGACUCAAGGUGCCUGCCACUUCCUCAGCGAAGAAGUCAGUGUUCCUCCCCGUCCUUGCCAGUGGCGAUCAUCCCCUCACAGUCCCAGAGUGGCAGGCAGGACCGGCCCCAUGGUCUGGCUUCUGUCACCUGGGUCCGUGCCAGCACAAUCUGCCAAAGUUCUAGAGACCUUGUUCCCUUCCCCAUCACCUCACGUGCUUCUUCUGUGUGUAUUUCUUUUUGUUUUUAUGGUUUUUGGAGCAAUUUAAAUUCCCAGUUGUUUAUUUUCACAAAAGAAAAUAAAAUUGCAGUUGCAAGACCUUUU